UCUGUUUUGGACAGGGCAGCACAGCAGAGCUGAUCUGAUCCCUCCUCUGCAGUACUGCAGUAACUAUGAGAGAAGGUGUGAGGACAGUUGUUGUUCAGACAGUAGCAGAAAGUUAGUGAGGUGUUUUAACUUGGUAAAUCUGUGAGUCUCAUUCAGAACUAUCACACUUUCAUUUAUUUAAACUCUGCUGAACUGGAGCUGGAGGAUCUGAUGGCUGAGGGGAAAAGGGAGGAGGACCCUGAGGGGCUGCCAGGUGGGAGAGCUCUGUUAAGAAGCCGAUCUGCUACAGAUCGAACUGAAAGAAAUAAACCAGAACACUUGCAUUCAAGCCCGGGGCCACUAUCUUCAAUAAAAGCUGCUUUUAAAAGAACUUCUGUGAGAUCACACUCUCAGGGAGAAGGAGGGAGAGAGAGGAGGCGCCCAGAGAUAACCAUCCUCUCUGUAGAGCCGCUGCCAACCACCACCUGGUUCCCAGGGGCAUCUGGGGGAUUUCCUGCACAUGCCCCUUCCUCUCAGCCUGUCUGGGAUGGAGGGAUUCACAUCUCUGAUCAACAGCCCCCACCAUCCUAUGACCAGGUGAUUAAAGAGAAGACUCAGGAAAAGGUCGUGACCCCUACAGCUCCCCCACGCCGUUCACACACCAACACAGCCGCCACUCAGACCGACUGUGUGGAGGAGGAACGCUCUCACGCAGCACAGUGCACACGAGCUACAGUCUCAUCUGUGGGCAAACCCAAAAAGCCCCCUAGGCCAACACCCCCCAAACCACCACCAGGCAAUGCUCCAGGACCUACAGUGGGCCCAGAUCCUGCUGCUGACACAGAUACAGCCACAUUACAGCCAAACUCCACUGAACCUUCACCAAGGCCACGCCCAGUUCCCCGCCCUCGCUCCAAACUGAAACCAGCAGACCAGCUUCAAGCGUUGAUUCGACUGCAGGACAGUAGUGAUGGUGACCCUGUGACCUCUCAGGAGAAUGAAUUACAUCCGUCUGGAACAUAUUCGAAAGAACUUCUAGAGGCUUUCGAUUGUGAUCCUGAGUUCACACUGCAAGGCACUGAAGAAAACCAGGAAAACCAGAGCCCACAGUUUGAAGAGAACCUGACUGAGAACAUGAACGGCCAUCACAGUGACCGCAAUAUCCGGGCAAGGAUACAGGCCUUCGAGAGCCAGAAUGACACAAGCGAGGCUAACGCUCCACUUGCACGACCUCGGAACAUUUACUCCAAGUUACCCAUAGGACCAGCUAAACCAUUCCUCGCUCCUCGGCCCUCUCUCAGUAAGAAACCUGCCGAAAAACAGCCUGCAGAAACUGCUGAAGAUUAUUAUGAGGAGGUCAACAUCUCUCCAAUGCCACCACCCCUUGCACCAAAACCCCAACUCCCCAGAAAGCCCUCCUUCAGCCCCAAAGAGGUGCCCAAACUCCAGCCACUGGUUAAAUCAGCACUCCUACCCCCUCGACCUUCGCUGGUCAGAUCAAAAACCUUAGACUCUCAGGAAGGUGAUUCGGUAGGUCUUUUUAAAGGUCCUCCUCCUCCAUUGAAGCCUAAUAUAGAUCUACUCAACAUAAACAAUCAUAACUCCACUGCUCUGCUGAACACCGCUCAGACACUCGCCACAGUCGGGAACGAAUACACCGACUCUCCUAUCAGUCAAACUCCAAUUAAACCAGCUCGUGGAGGAGGAUUAUCCAGUGUGGCAUCCAACGCACAAAAUGUGAUCAGGAGGCCCACAGUCAUCAGAGUGCCCAGCAAAAGUCAGGACGAAGCCUUCGAUUUUCCUCCUCCUCUUCCAGUUCAGAAAGCUGUAGGGGGCCUCAUACCUCCUCCCAAACCUACACACAAGGAGUCUUUCCGUAGUGCUGCUGAUCUGUCCUUGCCGCCACGACGCAGUGGAGGUAAAGUGCCUCCUCCUCGUCCCCCUCCAGCUAAAACAGGCCCAGCUCGGCCUCCCCCACCACGGAGCAACAGUGUCCACCUGCCAGUCUCCCACAAGGAGGAUUCACCACGAUACUCACCCCAACCGCUCCACAAACAGAGCCGCAAAUCACAGAAGAAAGGCCCGGUGCUUCCUCCAAGACCAAACCCUGGCCAUUGCCUCUACAACACAUAUACUCUGGAAGUCCCGCAUGGUGUUGCUGAGUUUAACUACAACGGCACCCGGACAGGCGAGCUGUCCUUCCAGAAAAAUGAAGUGCUGGUUCUGCUAAACCAAAUAGACAGCAAGACGUUCGAGUGCCAAGUGGGAGAUGCGAAAGGAACAGUGGAGAAAUCUCACAUGAAGAUCAUCACACCGCUAACAACCAGCUAUAAUAAUAACAGCAGCCACAGUCAAGCAACAGUUCAGGAGAGAAGUUCAGAUCAGGCUUUUGGUCAUGCGGUGGAAAAUGGCACUGUCGAGGUUCAGGCUCUGUUUGACUUCACUCCAGAGGGUCCAGGAGAGCUGGCACUAAGGACAGGAGACGUGGUGACCAACGUGGAGCAGGUGGACAGUGAGUGGUAUCUGGGUGUGUGCAGAGGGAUGACUGGCUUCUUUCCCAUCAACUACGUUAUACCAAUGAAACAGUCUGGCCCACCUGCUCCUGCUCCUGCUUCUGUGAGAAAAGUACAGCCUGCACCUGAAACUGUGAAGGGUCCCCGGUGUGUGGCGAGGUUUGAUUUUGAAGGGGACGACAGUAGUGAGCUGUCGUUCAGUGAGGGCGACGUGAUUCGGCUGUGUGAGUAUGUGGAUGAGGAGUGGGCUCGAGGUGAACUCGGCGGCAGAGCAGGAAUCUUCCCUCUGAAUUUUGUGGAUGUGCUGGAAGAUCUUCCCCCGUCAGCUGAACAGAACCACACCAGGAUUCCUCUGCCCGGCAUGGCUGCCUCACCCAGCGUGCAGACCACACCCACAUCAGCUCAGGUGGAAGGUGGUGCGGUGGAGUGGGCCGAGGCUCUAUAUGAUUUUAAUCCUGAAGCAGAUGAUGAGCUGGCGUUCGUGCAGGGAGAUAUGAUCCUGGUGACGGAUCACCUGGACUCAGAGUGGAGCAGUGGGAGGCUGAACGGCAGAGAGGGAAUUUUUCCCACUGCGUUUGUACACACCUGCUGAGGUACAACUUUACAUUUAUACUUUCCAGAAUCCAGAAUUUUUACCAAAUUUUUGUAACGCUUAAUUUUACUGAUUUAAUUGUAUUAUAAAGCAAGUAAUCAAUUAUUCACACCUUUUCCAAGCUUGUAAUAAAGGGUAUUUAAAAGUAUAUAAAAGAAUCAGAUCAUUUCGGAUUUGGAACUAUAUAUUUAUAUCUAUAUGUUGCUUAAAAACAACACUUAAAUGCUGACAUUUUCCUGAGAUAGAGACAAUAGUUUAGUGUGAUAUAUCUGGAACUUUUUUACUGAAUUAUAAUAUAUGUAAAAAGAGGUGUCAAACUUGGUACAAUGAUUGAUUCACCUUAAAGAAAUGUCUUAAAGUUUACAGAUUAAUCGUCCGAAAUACUGUAACAUAAGAUUCACAGCACUAAAUAAAAUACCUAAAUAUGCCUGAACAUGCAAAAACAUUACAACAGAGUGCAGUAAUGGCACUGUGAGAUAUACAGAUGAAACAUUUUACACUAACAUUCAAUGAAAAUUAAAAGGUUUUCUUCCUCUUCUUUGUAUCUUAUUCAGUCGGUACAAGAUUACAAAGAAAAAUAUAUAUUUUUUUUAUAUUAUUGCUUUUUUUCCUUUUGCUUUUAACUUUAUUAUGCACACAGCUAACCUGAAACUAGUGGAUUAGUCUCUGUACACUGAGAAAGUUGGGCUCAUGUUUAUCUUAUAUACACUGCUCCCAUCUGGUGGGGAUGGUUAGGAAGUGCAGGUCAGUGAAAGUGAAUGUGCUCUGUAUGCUCACAGUUAAUGAUGUUGAAGAACGUUGUCCAUCUGAUCCAUAAAAGGGUUCCUUCUCUUUAAAAAGAUUAGCAAAAAGAUAAAAAGAUGACUCUGUGGCCCAUGAAUCAUGAAUUCCGGUUUGAGUCCUGGAUCAUGCUGCUUUACCAUCAGCAGCCGGAGUCCGAGAGAGCACAGUUGUUGACAUUAGAGUAGGCAUGUCUUCACUCUCUAAGGGUUGGGAGCAUUGUUAAAUAGUGAAGGAAAUUUAUUAAAAAAAAUGUAUUUAAAAACAUUGGAUGUGCUGUGAACAUAUAUCAAAACAAUAUGAUCCUAAAAAAAACAAUGAAUUAUUUAACAUUUAUAUAAUUUUUGCAUGAUAUGGACCCUUUAAUACUCUUGCCAGGGUAACAUUAUUAAGGGUCACGUUUGAAUGCAUGUGUUUUGUGAUGGAAAUGUUGGAUACAUUUUAAUUUGGUUGUAAGAAUGUUGUUUUAUAUGUAAAAACAGAAGAUUUUUUGUCUCUUUUCACAUCUUAGAAAGUAGAUCAUUUAUCAGAAUUUUAAGAACAAAAAUCCAGCCGUCUCCCCUCAGCACCCCUAAAUCUCUGAUCCUCAAAUCUUCACUGCUGCACUGCUUCUGAUUUAAAUUUUUUAUAAUAUAUUAUUUUUGCUGGCUGCCUUAAUCUACAGCAUAACAGAAUCUACACCUGCACAAAUGCUUCUCUAAGAAUCUGCCUCAAAGUAAAAGACAAAAUCACUGGUUGCGUCUUAAACAGUGCCAAAAAAGGGUUUCAUAUGUUUUCAUUAGAACCAUUCUUUCUUAAGAAUUAGCACCUUUAUUUAUUAUAGAAAAAUUGAAAAAGUGCCAAAGUGGCACACAGAACAAUCACUUUUGGAUAAACAGCCGUUUGAUGGAUGAGGCCACUUUUGUUAAACUAAUCUUUUAUAUGAUUUAAAAAAUCCUCAUUAAAGAAAAGACUGUAAAGGUUCUAAGAAGCACAUUGGUUCUAUAUAAAUAAGUAAUUUUAACAUAAUCUAAAGAGUUAAUAUAUUAAAUUAACAUCUGAUAAUUUCUGUACUUAUCUCCAUUUUGGUCAUUUUUUUCCACUUUUUGAUAUAAUGUGAAUCUGACAGGUGUUUUUUGUAUUGUAUUAGAAUUUCAUACUGAAUUUACCAACAGAAAAAUAAAUAUCUUUCGUUAGAAGUUUCCUGUAAAACUCCUUUCUUUGUAAAGUUGCAGUUUGGAAAUUUGUUUUCUGUCUUAAAGUAAUGAUUUAUGAAUUAGUCAAAUAAUUUAAAGCACGAUUAAAAAUAAAAGUUUAAUAUAUAAUGAUACUUUAACACACAGUCCAGUCCUAUCACAGAGUGGGUUUUUAGGAUAUACUGAAGAGAGGGCAGUAACAUGUUAAGCUGAUACUUCAUGUUAGAAAAUAAACCAAUAACAUGACCCCACACGCAGCACAAGGAGCGGAUAUCUUCCACACCUGCAGCGGAACCAACUUUACCAGAGACUACUUGAACCAUAACCUCAGACGUUUUGGAGGACCAGAGACCGGUGGUUUGGACCACUUCCAAACUUUCACACUUGACCAAAUGUACCAAAAUCACAGAAGAAGCACUUUCUGGUGUAGAAAAUAAUUGCAGCUUUGAUUUCUCAAGUUUAGCUUAGAAAUCAUUAUACAAGAUCAUUACUGCUGUUCCUAAAUGUCAGUGCAUUGAAAAAAUGCCCUGUGGAACCAUGACAGCUAGAAGAACUAUCUGUAAGUUUUAAUGGAUUUUAUCAAGUCAAGUCAGCAUUAGCUAAGGAUGUGCAUAGUUCCAUAUGUAAAUGUUUUAAAAAUGAAAAUGUUUUAGAUUUUUCUGUGGCAUCAUGCAAAGAAAGUGUCUAAAAUGAACUUUUUUUUAUAAAGGUAUAUUUUUAUUCAUCCUAUAGAUGUUUUUCUUUUUUAAUGCAUUGUCAGGUUUGGUUUUGUCAGGAUUCUACUCAUUUUUAUCCAUGUGAAAAUGACUUCUUUGUAUUUCUGUUGAUGUUUACAGUAUUUUUGUGGUUAUAUUUGUUAAUAUGUGGAAUUAUGUCAGUUUAACACCAUAUGUGCUGAAUAUUUAACCAGUUCUUGUUCUUCCCAUAAUUUCUUUAAUAAAUUCCUCUUUAUUACUGUGGAACACUGUUCUUAUGUUUCUCGACGGCUGUAUAUCAGUGAGAAGUUUCUGGGCAUGCUCAGCAGCACUACGGCUGCGUCACUGCACAAACUCUGAGGUUUUGUUUAAAAUGGUUUAAAAUAAUUAAAUAAAGCAUUAAAUAAAAUCAUGUCAUGUCAAUAUCCACUGAUGAUGUUUAACUUAUGAGUAUUAUUUUUACAGACUGUAAGAUGUAAAACCCAAGUGCUAAUUAAUUUAAAUAAAUGAAAAUGCUGAUUGUCAUGUUUAGAUGUUUAAUUUAAGUAGUUUAGGCAGGUGAAUACUACACUACCAAAGCAUUGAGUUUUUUUUAUUCAUCUAUACAUUGUUUGCUCUGGUUUCUGUGCAGGUUUCGAAGGAGAAAUGGCUGAGAUUGUAUUUUUUAAUUCCAGUAUCUUGUCUAUAUUAAAAGAAUGUUUUUUGUAGUGGAUGCAUAUUUUGGCCAAACACAUU